AUGCGACAGAUUGGAAUGAAAGAUUUAAGGUAUAAAGUAUGGAUAACCAAAAUAGAUUGCUCAUUGAUAUAAGAUGAUGAAAGUGGUAAAGAUGGUAGUGGUAAAGGUAGUAGUAGUGGUGGUGAUGAUUGUGAUAGAGGUGAUAGAGGUGAUAGGGGUGAAAAUAAUGAUAUUACGGUCAUCGUUGACCAGCAUCGUCGUUCGUCCGGCUUGUCGCUUACAAGCCUUUAUAUCACAGUUGUAGUAGUCGUAAAUAUUGUUUGUGUCACACAGUUAAGAUAG